AUGAUGAUCUUGAUAGUUAUGGGAUAUCUGAAUGCCAUACAGAACGAGCUAACAGCCAGAUGCCGGAGAUAUGGAAUAAGCCUGAACGACUGCCUGAAUUCAGUGUAUCUUCCAAAAAAAGAGUAUGACGAAUACCUUCAGAGCUUUAACCUGCCAAUAGUACGCGAUUCAAGCUGUAACAAGGGAAGAUGCAUGGCAGUAGUAUACAAAGAUGUGAAUCGAUGUAUGAAUUGUAGAAAAGGUGAAUGCAAAGAUGAGUGUGGGGAGUUUGAGUGGAUGAGAGAGACUCUUGCUAACAGGGCAAUCGAUUCGUAUAAGAAGGAUUCAGAGCCUCAGUUUCCAUUUAUUCAUGUGAUCCAUCAUAAGGAGGAGAGUGGAAAUGGUGGAAUGGCCACAUCUAAAAGUACAGAGCCACCGUCAGUAUCCUAUAAAAAUGUUACGGUGAUUGAAACAAAAACAGAGACAGUCUCCGAGAAGCCUGCCACUAUCUCGAAAAGCGAAGAAAAGAGAGAUACCCACGUGUCUGAAGCUACUAGGGCCCCCGAGACCCAGAAGGAAGAAGUGAGGACCGUUUUCAAAACUAUAGAAGUUCCAAGAGUUAUAGAAAAGACAUCCUACUCCUCUCACUCUGAAAAACCAGAGAAACAGAAGAGGUGUGAGGGUAACAGUUCCAAAGUACCAGAAGAAGAUACUGAGAAGGCACAUUCUAUUCCCGCCUCCAUAAAGCGUUCCAAGUUCAAAGACGUUCCAUGUGAAGAGGAGAAAAUAGAGGACGAAACGGAUACGGAGAAGGACUUUGAAGACAAGGAGAAGAAUGGGCUAUCUGUUGUAACAGUCACUAGAGUUCUUUCGAAAACAAUCACUGCUGAAAAGCCCAUCACGUUGUACAGAGAAGUAACAACAACAGUUAAGAGUGAAGUUCCCAUAAUCAAUUACAAGUUAACAACGGUCAGGGAGAUAUCUACGACAACAAAGACAGAAAGUAACACAAAAACAGAAACAAUCGUACAGACACAGUACUCCACGAUUAUAUCCAUAAAAACUCAGUACGCCCAGGAGCCAUUGGCAGUAAAGGAAGCAAGCGCAUCUGCAACAACACACACGGUCUCUAGCGGUACAUCAAAAAAGAAUGAUGAGCCUGGUAAGGACACAAAGGGAAUGGAGACUUCUUCCAAGCAAAAUACCACAGAGUCUCCUACUAUAGUGUAUAGAACUGUAACGCAGCCUAGCAUCUCUGUUCUUACGGUUACAAAAACACAGGAAAGCACGCCACAGACAAGCCUGAAAAGUGAUGAGGCCUCGAGCUCUGCAUCUCAGAAAAUAGAGGGCAUUUCGACUAGCCCGCCAAACCCUGGUGCUGGAUCUUUGAUAUGUACAGAGAAAUGCACCACUAUUGCUAUUCCAGAGACUUUAGAGAAGAAGGCGACCAUCUCCAGCGUGGUUUCACCUCCAUCGGCUGCUCCAAGCUCUCCGCUUAUUGGAAGACAAGACAUAAUAGCAGAGCUUCUCCCCUUAGUUAGAAAGAUUUUGGUUGAGGAUUCGGAGGAAACAAAAGCCUCGAAGGCCCCCAAGAGUACACUUUCAGAAACAGCGAGAGAUGCAGUAAAGACUGUUACAAGAACAGUGGUGAAAACAGUGAGCCUAGAAACAAGAAAUAGAGGGGGCCACAAGAUUGUUUACAAUACUGUUUUUUCAUACAAGAAGAAGCCAAACUGCAAAAAGGGAGUGGAGGGAAAGAAAAGAAAGGGAUGCAAGGAUUCCGAGGAGGUGGUUGUCACCACAGCAUAUGUUUGA